GCACAGCACAGAGUGACAGUGAGGUGCCACGCUGUCAGAAGUGUUGCGACGUGGCUCGAGACAGGGAAGGUGAUCAAACAGUGUUACUAAAGGCUGAGCAGGGCUGGCCUUCCGCAAACCAUAGUUCGUGAAUUUUCUUCUGCCGACAAUUGAACGGGCGGCACUUAACCAGAAGUUCGCUGGCGGCGUGUUUAGCACCGACGCCGGAGAAAGAAGAGUCAGGCCCCACCAAGACUCAGAUCUCACAUCACUAGAAAGUCGCGCAUACCUCACUCACGAUACUAACGCAUCCAAUUGCUGCAUACAGCAACUUCCUGCCUGAUAACUACAUACACCACAAUUCGAUUCUCUCUUCUGGAAUACAAGAAAACACGCACGCGACCAACAUGUCUGGCAUCACCAAUGGUCACAGGAGCGAGGUUGAGCGGAUAGCGAACCAUACCGAGGAGAAGCACCUGCCGGGCGGCUGGGUUGUCCUCAAGUUUGGAGGAACGAGUGUUGGAAAGUUUGCGGAGAAUAUAGCGGGCAUUGUCAAGGCUGGCAACCAGACCAACCGCACCGCUAUCGUCUGUUCUGCGCGCAGCACCAAGAACAAGACCGAAGGCACCACCAACCGCCUCCUCCGUACCGCCCGCGCCGCCGAGGAGCAGGGCCACCGCGGCUACGAUGACAUUGUCGAGGCCAUCCGCGUUGACCACAUCCAGGCUGCGAAGGACACCAUUCAGAGCGCCGACGUCCUCGCUGCCUUCACCGACGAGGUCAACGCCGAAUGCGAGAGCCUCACCAAGAUCCUGGAGUCGGCGCAGCACUUGGAGGAAGUCACCAACCGCGUCGAGGACAAGAUCAUUGCGAAGGGCGAGAAGCUUAGCUGCCGCUACAUGGCUGCGCUGCUCAACAACUGUGGUACUCCUGCCCAAUUUGUCGACCUCGCCGAUAUCAUCACCUUUCACACUCCGAAGAAGGGCCUGAACGAGCAAUUCUACACAGACCUGGCUGCAGCGCUGGCCAGAGAGGUCGAGGCGUGUGGUGACAAGGUUCCAGUUAUCACUGGCUUCUUUGGAAAUGUACCAGGUGGUCUCUUGAACUCCAUCGGACGUGGGUACACCGACCUCUGUGCUGCGCUGGUUGCAGUUGGUGUUAAGGCUAGGGAACUGCAGAUCUGGAAGGAGGUGGAUGGCAUCUUCACCGCCGACCCUCGCAAAGUCCCCACUGCUGCUCUGCUGCCCAGCGUCACGCCCUCUGAGGCUGCUGAAUUAACCUUCUACGGCUCUGAGGUCAUUCAUCCCUUCACCAUGGAGCAGGUCAUUCGCGCGCGCAUUCCCAUUCGCAUCAAGAACGUCAUGAAUCCCCGUGGCGCUGGCACCAUCAUUUUCCCUGACAACUUGAAGGCGCUGGGGUCCCACUCUCCUCUCAGGGAUUGUCUUUUCCGCACGCGCUCCUCCAGCCUUUUGAGCACCCUCGAUACCCCUAAGCGUCCUACUGCUGUCACCAUCAAGCACAACAUCGUUGUUCUGAACGUUCACAGCAACAAGCGCACUCGUGCUCACGGCUUCUUGAUGAACAUCUUCAGCAUUCUGGAUCGUUGGCACUUGUCUGUAGACCUCAUCUCUUCUUCAGAGGUCCACGUUUCCAUGGCCCUGCACUCUGAGUCCGCCUUGUUGAGCGGCGGCGGCGAGGAUGAGUAUAAGAUCCAAGACAAGGACCUCCAGGGCGCCGUGAACGAUCUAGGCGAACUAGGCGCUAUAGAUAUUGUGCCUGACAUGGCUAUCGUGAGCUUGGUUGGCAAGCAACUCAAGAACAUGAUCGGUAUAUCUGGCAAAUUCUUCAGCGUACUCGGUAACAACAACAUCAACAUCGAGAUGAUCUCGCAGGGUGCUAGCGAGAUCAACAUUUCCUGCGUCAUUGAGGAGCGCGAGGCUGACCGUGCACUCAAUGUCGUCCACACCAACCUUUUCACUUUCCUGGAAUAGACAUGCAUUUGCAUCAGCGGAGUUGGAUACCAUAUCAACCAUCUAGAAGUCUUCUCAAAAUCUCAUCGACGUCCCAAUUUUACCCGUCGCCAUCGUCAUGUUCCACUCUCUUUGAAGCCCUCCGUUCUAGGUUUGAAAUUCCUUUGUUGUGAUCCAU